AUGCCGUACAGAAACACAGCAACCAGGAUCUACGCCCUGUUCCUCUUGAUGAUAACGAUAGGUCUGCCGUUCACCAAGCUGGUCCAAGCAGAGGAGCUGUCCGGCACCACCAUUCCUUCAGAAAGUCGCCCCUGUGUGGAUUGCCAUGCCUUUGAAUUUAUGCAGCGAGCUCUGCAAGACCUCAAAAAGACAGCAUAUAAUCUGGACUCUCGGACGGAGACACUUCUUCUCAAGGUGGAGCGGAGAACCCUGUGUGACUGUAUAUCUACGGAGGGGCUGAGCUGA